AUGGAGGAGCGACCUGUCUAUAAAUUAGAGCUCUCAGAAGCCGCGACUCUCCGUCGGUUUCCACACGAACUAGCAGAACAACUACGAAAUGCAUCUGGAUCGCAGUUCUUGGAUGCGCUUGCCCUGGCGGCACUCGAGCCGGGCAAUAUCGAAUACAUUUUUGCAACAUAUGAGGCUCUGAUUGUCGACUUGGCCUCCAGAUGGUUGGAUUUAGAUCCUCAGCUUCACUAUUUGAACAUACUUUCAGCAUUUUCUCGAAUACUGCCGUUCGCGCCGCAUCUUCGAUCUUUUGCCCGCAGAUAUGCACAAAUGCACUUGGAAUCCUUCAGCAGCUCUAUACUCAGCUUUGACACUACGACGAUACGAAGCGCUUUAUUAUGUAUAUUCCGUCUUUCAUCCUUCGACGUGGAAUCCUUCUCCACCGUUAUCUCACCGAUUCAACUCCAAUCCCUCUUUAAACACCCAGACAACUCCGUGCGCUAUUUGGCGGUUCGAUGUUUCUGUUAUUAUAUGCGAUCUGGAGAUGCAGCAACACAAAGGAUGGUCACAACGCAUAUCGGUGCGGGAGCUAUUGACGGUCCAUGGGAAAAUACUACGGUUGAUUAUAGGCUCCUUGGUUUAUGGGAGGAGCGCCGGUGGCAGUUUUUCAAAACCGAACUGCGCACGAAGCGAACUAAAUCUACGGCGGAUGUAGCACCGAAAUUAGUGGAGGUUUACAUGGACAGUCUCAGCCACCGCGCAGCUGAUAUUGGCGGAGUUUUAGUCCCCAAAGUGCGAUGGGAUAUACCUGUCCCGGAAAGCAGUUUGGUAAAGACAGAGACAGUCACGGACAAUCUCACGAGGAUAGCAACCGCCUUGCUUGAACAAAAACCACUCCUUCUUGUCGGACUGCCCAAUUCAGGAAAGACCUCUUUGGUCAAUGACAUAGCCAGAGUAAUGGGGCAGGGACCGUCCAUGGUAACACUUCACUUGAACGAACAAACUGACGCUAAAAGCUUGCUCGGCAUGUACGCGACAUCAUCUUUGACUGGUACAUUUUCGUGGCAACCUGGUGUGCUUACUAAAGCAGCUAAGGAAGGUCGUUGGAUCUUGAUAGAAGAUCUGGAUCGCGCACCAUCAGAGGUUAUUGGCCUGAUGUUACCGGUCAUUGAAAAGGGGGAGUUGAUUAUACCCAGUCGCAAAGAAAGGAUCAAAUGCGCCGAUGGAUUCAGAAUCAUUGCUACUAUGAAAUCUUCACUCAAUAGCAAAGGUGAAGAGGUUGCUCCAAGCCACGGUCUUCUUGGAGCUAGGUUGUGGAAUAAGAUACAAAUAAAUUCCUUGCCUUUAAGUGAAGUCCGCCAAGUUCUUCUUGAAAAAUAUCCAUUGCUUGCAACUCGGGUUCCCACCUUAAUCGACAUUUACGACAGGCUGUGCUCUGCAUUCCACAGCAGCUUUGCCGCUAGAUCUGCCCAAGGAAGGACACCUGGAUUACGAGACUUGAUCAAAUUAUGCAACCGCCUGCACAAACGACUUCUACGCCUUGGGGUAACGAGGGGAAAUGAGGCCACACCUGAGAGUUUUCAGGAUGAGAUAUUCCUUGAUACAGUGGAUGCCUUCAUUCGUUACUUGCCUGAUCGAGACUUCGGCCACAGGCUCAGCUCAAUCAUUGCCGAAGCUCUACAGCUGUCUCCUCAGAGAGCCAAUUACUGCUUACAAGAGCGAACUCCUCCCUAUGCCGAUCACGAAGACAGAUUCUCCGUUGGCAGAGAAAUCUGCACGAAAAUGAAAGUCACGAAGACAACAAGAGCUCGGUUCAACAAGUUAUCAUCUCGUUUCGCCCCGACAAGAGCCGCACUGAGAACAAUGGAGCAAAUUGCAGCUGCUGUCCAGGUAUCAGAACCGGUGCUACUUGUUGGUGAAACAGGUAUCGGUAAAACAGCAGUCAUCCAGCAGCUAGCAAAUUUGACCUGUCAAAAGUUGACAGUGGUCAAUCUUUCUCAGCAAAGUGAAAGUACAGACCUUUUGGGUGGCUUCCGGCCCGUUAACUUGCGUUCAAUGGCUGUUCCCAUAUUAGACGAAUUCAAUCAGCUAUUCGAACAAACCUUCUCAGCCAAGAAGAACCAGAGAUUUUUGUCUUCUGUUACCAAGAGCUUAACAGCUGGAAACUGGCCUCGUCUGGUUAACCUCUGGCAUGAAGCCGUUCGCAUGGCUGACAGUGUCUUUUGUGUUCCCAAAGAGUCCGAACAGAAUGCCGAAGAACAGCCGGCGAAGAAACGAAAGCUAGAUUCCCCGAAGUAUGCUGCGCUGAGGGAUAAGUGGGAAACUUUCAAAGUUCAACUAAGUGAUUUCGAAGCUCAGGCAAGCAGGGGUGACUCGAAAUUCGCAUUUGCCUUUGUUCAAGGAAAGAUUGUUCGGGCCCUCCGCAACGGAGAAUGGGUCUUGCUAGAUGAGAUCAACCUAGCAACUCCAGAUAUUUUGGAAAAUAUUGCGAGCUUAUUACACCACGGUGAUGAAGGAUUGCCUUCUGUUUUGUUAUCCGAAGCUGGAGAUGUGGAACGUGUAUAUGGUCAUUCCGGCUUCAGGAUAUUCGGCGCUAUGAACCCUGCCACAGAUGCCGGCAAGAGAGAUUUGGCCCCAGGCUUGCGAUCAAGAUUUACCGAGAUUUAUGUUCACUCUCCCGAUGUCGAUUUUGAUGAUCUGCUUGGAUUGAUACAGACCUACCUGGGUAAUCUAGCUCAAAGUGAUCUCCGUCUUGCUUCUGACAUCUCCAGUCUUUAUCUUGCCACAAAAAAAUUGACUCUUGAGAACAAGUUGACUGAUGGUGCGGGUCAAAAGCCGCAUUUCAGUAUUCGUACGCUGGUGCGUACAUUGGUCUACAUAACAGACCAUGUGCAUAGUUAUGGUCUUCGGCGAGCCGCUUAUGAAGGUUUCUGCAUGAGCUUUUUGACCCUUCUUAGCCAGGAAUCAGAGAAACUAGUCGUCCCUUUGAUUGAAAAGCAUGUUUUCGGCUCUACUAAGCACGCAAAAUCAUUGCUUGGCCAGAUUCCUAGAGCCCCGGAAGAUGGCAGCGAGUAUGUGCAGUUCAAGCAUUAUUGGAUGAAGAAAGGUCCUUUUAUCGCGGAGAAACAACCGCACUAUAUCAUCACUCCCUUCAUUGAGAAGAACUUGAAGAACUUGCUGCGUGCAAGUUCCACUCGUCGAUUUCCUAUUCUUCUUCAAGGCCCUACUUCGUCUGGUAAAACGAGUAUGGUCGAAUAUCUCGCAAAAGUUUCUGGCAACAAAUUUGUUCGUAUCAACAAUCACGAGCAUACUGACUUGCAAGAGUAUCUUGGUUCCUAUGUUUCGACAGACGAUGGGUCUUUGAAGUAUCAAGAAGGUGUUCUCGUGGAAGCGCUCCGGAACGGUUACUGGAUUGUGCUUGACGAACUCAACUUGGCGCCCUCAGAUGUUUUAGAAGCCCUCAAUCGACUUCUUGACGAUAAUCGAGAACUCUUUCUACCAGAGACACAAGAAGUGAUUCAACCUCACCCAAAUUUCAUGCUUUUCGCUACUCAAAACCCUGCUGGUCUGUAUGGCGGACGUAAAGUUCUUUCCAGGGCGUUCAGGAACCGUUUCCUUGAAUUACAUUUCGAUGAUAUUCCAGAGGACGAAUUGGAGUACAUUCUCAGGGAAAGAACGCAGAUAGCCCCGUCUUUCUGUUCUAGGAUUGUAUCUGUGUACAAGAAACUCUCAGUUUUGAGACAGUCUACUCGCCUAUUUGAACAGAAGAACAGUUUUGCAACGCUUCGUGAUCUUUUCAGAUGGGCGCUUCGUCAAGCAGAUGACCGUGAGACACUCGCUAUCAAUGGUUUCAUGCUCCUUGCCGAGAGGGUACGAAAUUCUUCUGAACGUGCGGCUGUCAAGAAAGUUAUAGAAGAUGUGAUGAAAGUGAAGAUUGAUGAAGAUGCCAUUUACGGUUUGGCUGAACUCGAAAGGAGGGCGGAAGGCAAAAGUUCUCUAUCCCAAAACAUUGUGUGGACAAAAGCCAUGAGGAGGGUCUUUGUACUUGUCUCUGAAGCUCUUCGAAACAACGAGCCCGUCCUCUUGGUCGGAGAAACAGGUUGUGGUAAAACUCAGAUCUGUCAAGCUGUAGCUGAGAUUUAUGGCAAGGAAAUGUUCAUUGUAAAUGCUCAUGUCAAUCUCGAGACUGGAGACAUUGUUGGUGCACAAAGGCCAUUGAGAAAUCGAUCUGCUAUAGAACGGCAAUUACAUGAUGAUCUUGCAAGUGUUCUAUCGAAUUCGCCGCAUACUGAACCAGAAACGUCAACCACAAGCUUGGAAGACCUCAAAACUGCCUUUGCCCAGCUUUCUCCAGAAAUACUUGAGGAGGUGCCCUCCGAGCUACUCAGUCGCAUCAAGACAAACACCACACGAUCCCAGGCACUUUUCGAGUGGUCCGAUGGUAGCCUCAUCACAGCCAUGAAGACUGGUCAAUACUUUCUCUUGGAUGAGGUGUCUCUUGCUGAUGACUCUGUUCUCGAAAGACUCAACAGUGUCCUUGAGCCUCACAGAUCACUUUUGCUCGCCGAAAAAGGCCCGGUUGAUUCUCUGGUAGUGGCGCAAGACGGCUACCAAUUUCUGUCAACCAUGAAUCCAGGAGGAGAUUACGGUAAGAGAGAACUAUCUGCAGCUCUUAGGAAUCGUAUGACGGAGAUAUGGGUCCCUCAACUGUCGGAAGAAGAAGAUAUUCUGCCAAUCUUGAAGAAUAAGCUGCGGUCCAUGGAUGAACAGAAAACUAAGGCCAUGCUUCAAUUCGCGAAAUGGUUCAAGCAAGUUUUCCAAGGGUCGUCGACUUCUUCCGUGUCAAUCCGUGACCUACUUGGCUGGGUAGAGUUCAUCAAUAAAUGCCCGCCAUCAAAUCCAGAUUUUGCAAUCGUUCAAGGUGCAUCCAUGGUCUACAUUGACACGUUGGGUGCCAAUCCGUCUGCAAUGUUAUCCACCUCAACGGAUAGCAUAGCCCAAAGCCGACAAAUGUGUCUUGAGAAAAUGGCUUCGUUGCUGGAAAUCGACGCCGUUCGAAUAUACAAUGAGAAAGCAACAGUCUCGACGCAAGAUGGUAGCCUUUGCGUCGGCCCUUUCAGACUGCCAGUUUCUUCGAAUUCGUCUCCAGAUCCAGACUUUGUCAUGGAUGCCCCAACGACAGUUGCCAAUACUGUGAGAAUCGCCCGCGGUCUACAGACAUCGAAACCUAUCCUACUCGAAGGUAGUCCUGGAGUUGGAAAGACCACCUUGGUUGCAUCGCUCGCUCGUGCUCUUGGCAAACCUCUCACUCGAAUAAAUUUGUCAGACCAGACUGAUCUCACUGACCUCUUUGGCUCGGAUGUGCCUGUAGAGGGAGGCGAUGUCGGUCAGUUCGCUUGGCGAGACGCACCAUUUCUGCAAGCAAUGCAGAAGGGAGACUGGGUUCUUCUCGAUGAGAUGAAUCUCGCGUCUCAAUCCGUGCUGGAAGGUCUCAACUCAUGUCUUGACCAUCGUCAGCAGGUCUAUGUGGCUGAACUCGACCAGACAUUCAAGAGACACCCGGAUUUCGUUCUGUUCGCUGCGCAAAAUCCUCAUCACCAAGGUGGUGGCAGAAAGGGUCUUCCUGCAUCAUUCGUCAAUCGAUUUACUGUCGUGUAUGCGGAUUCUUUCAGCGAUACUGAUUUGAACAGUAUUUGCACGAAACUGUUUCCGCGAAUUCCUGCCGAUCAAAUAUUCAACAUGGUUGAGUUCAUGUCAAAGCUGAACUGGGCUAUUGACCAUGAUCGAGAAUUUGCCAAUAUUGGUGGUCCUUGGGAGUUAAACCUUCGAGAUAUCAUUCGAUGGUUCCAGCUUGCUGGUCGCGAGGACGCACAUAUACCUAGUGGAUAUUUCCUCGAGAAUAUCAUCAGUCACAGGUUUCGCACUGAAAAGGAUCGGUCUCUCAUAUCUUCGGUCUUUGAGCAGUCCUUCAAAAUACCUGUACCUGAGAAGUCGUUUUAUCAUAAUCUGACUGCCGAGAAAUUUCAAGUUGGACUUGCGACAAUGCCUCGACGACAACUGGAGCAGAAUAUCACGGAUCUGGACAUCAAGAUACUACCUGCCCACCUUCCAAUUCUCGAGUCUCUGAUUUUCUGUAUAGAGAGAGCUUGGCCAAGUAUUCUCGUGGGACCUUCAGGUUGUGGAAAAACAACAACGAUUCGCACACUCGCAUCUAUACAGGGAGCCGAGCUUGUGGAGUUAGCUUUGAGUGCUGACACAGACACCAUGGACUUGAUUGGAGGUUUCGAGCAGAUUGACUAUCGCCGACAAACACAGUCAUUAGCCAAGGAUGUGGUGAAAUUCAUACACCGUCAAAUUAUGCAUUCUGUCACUUCCGAGUCUGCUACAAAUUCGAAUACAUAUCUGUUGGAAACCUAUCAUAUCUGCAGCAAUCCUGAGAUCAACACAGAAACACUCGCGCAUGUCAUCAAUGCCUUACAGCCGCAUUUUGAUACGCAGGCUUUCAAAUGGCUCGCGGAACGAUGCACCGCGUUGGUCCAGACUUACAAGGACGCACAGAAAGUGGGUUUUGAGUGGACAGAGGGAGCUUUAACUGAGGCCAUCCAGCUCGGUCAUUGGGUCGUGUUAGACAAUGCAAAUCUUUGUAACGCAUCGGUCCUUGAUCGAUUGAACUCAUUGAUGGAACCGAACGGUUACUUGGUGUUGAACGAACAACGCACGGAAGACGGCUCUGCUCGGACAAUUGUUCCACAUCCCAAUUUCAGAUUGUUCCUUACCAUGGACCCAAGAAAUGGAGAGUUGUCUCGAGCUAUGCGUAAUCGAUCUGUCGAAGUCUGUUUCUUGUCAGAGUCUCCAGUAGCUGCAUCUUCCAAACAUACACCAUCAUUUACUCUUGAGUCGGCUUUGUACCGCCUACGCUAUGUUUGGCACUCCGAUGCCGAGUCGAAAUCAGUUGUGGCAAAUCAAUCAUUAGGCAUUCGUCUAGACCACCUGGAGAUGUCGGAUCUUUCCUGUUUCUAUAAUUCACUUCGACAACUAGCGGCAUCCUUCCCUGUUACAGAGCAGCUCAAUGCUGCCAUGGAAGUCCUUGAUCGUUAUGCCAAGCUGGUUGAAGAUAAUUCUCAAUGGAAGCUACUCUCAUCUUUGAGAUCUGGGACUGGUGGACAGGGAGCUAAGCUUGUGCACCCUCUUAUCGACGAGCCACGACUGACCCGGCAUCCGAACCUUGCUGAUAGAUCAGCAAUCAUCUCUCGGCUGCAAGAUAUCAAAUUAAGCUUGCAUCAAUUGCAACAACGUUUGGCUCAUUCGCACCAGAAUUCCCAGCAUCUCAAACCAUCUCAGAUGACAAGAUUGGAACGCUCAUUUGCUUCAAAUAGGAUAUCAAGUUUGAUGAAGGAUGACACCCAGGCAGUGAGUUCCUUUUUGACGGACUUUGUUCAAACUUCAUACGAUUUCAUUCAAGGUCUUGAAAGCGACUCUGAGUUUGUCAGUGGUGCCGUGUCUGCGUUGAAAGGGUUUACCAGAUUCUGCUGGGAUAUCUAUACUGUCACCCAGGUCAGAGAGCUCAAUGAAGGUGUCUUUCAAAUCUACUUGCAAAUCGGCCAACAAAUUUUGUCAUCUGCUGCUGAAACUCAAUCCGCGCUCUCCCCGUUGUUUUCAUCUCUGGCCCAGCUUCUUGGUCGUUUCAGGUCAACUUGGGCGUUGACAACAGGAUUGAGCAUGCGGAGGAUUUGGGAUGCUUGGAGACCCGUCACUUGCACUGACAUUGAGCAGCUGCACUCGCUCCUUGAUCUGGAAAGUGUGGUUUCUGAGUUCAACAAGAUCGCGCUUCAAACGAGGUUGAAAGUUUCGCAACUCGGUUUAGUCCGGAAGUCGUUGAUCGAAGCACAGAAUGCAAUGCUUCUUAACAAUGCGGAUGGCAAGCUUCUUGUGCCAAGUCUAAAGCAACAAGUCACUGAAUUGGUCUCUGCAACUCAAUUAUACUCAUCAUCCCAACCUCCACACUUCUUGCAGGUCUUUGAGAGUAUAUGUGAGUACCACGAUCUGCCAAUGCUGUGGAACGAGAGUCAAAUUCAGCAACAUGGCUAUCUGAACGAAACAUUACCGCUCCUUGCCGGAAGGCCGGCCUACUCUACAAUACCGUUCAAUGAGAAGUCCCCCGUCUCCUCUAUUCUGCACAACUUAGCUCUUUACAAUGGCUCUGAGGGGUCCGCAGGCGCAGUAUCACCCUGGUCUUCGCUAUUUUCUAUUAAUAGCGAGCUUCAUGCUUUGGUUGAAGCGGUAACGUACAGUUCUCGCGAGAUAGCACUUUCUCAGAGCUUGCUACUGGUAAGGGUGUUUGCGCGUGUGAUAUUGGAAAUUCUGUCUCUUCACCAAGAUUUCUUGAACACGGUUAUUCUUGAAGAUGUUGUCGUUGCGUUACGUAAGGUUGAGAAAACUGGCACUUUCCAUCGGCCGGUGCCACAACUUGAGCCUGCAAUCGACCUGCCGCCAAACCAUUUCUUCAGGCAGUUCGUCGACGAUCUUUCAAAAUGCGUUCAGACGCUUGCAAGCAUUCAAGAUAUGUCAUCUGUGAGCAUUCUGUACGAAUUGGGCUACGUAUGCGUCCAACUUUCCGUUAUCUGUCUCCGUCUCUUUGUCCCAGAUAAACCAUACGACCCUUCGCUAGGUCUAGUGGUCGAAAGACAACGCCACGCUGAGCAGGUGUUGCAAUUGACCACCGAAGAUGAAGCUCUGGCUACUUUCGAGCAGGAAUUUUCCGGUCGAACUUCCAAUCUCCGCCGCCGAUUGAUCAAGGAAGAGCUACAGAAAUUGGGAUCAAUGCCGCCUGCCUCUCCUGUUAGUCGCCCGGCCAAAUCGCGACACAUGGAAUUGUAUGGCGAGUUAAUGAAUUUGCACAACUCCGUGCUAAGCAGAAACCCCGAAACGUUUGGCGCUGCCGAAUUCAAACAGUAUGGAAAGCUUUUGAAGGACAACAUUCGUCUCAUUUGCGCUCGUCUUCGGGAGAAUUUCAGAGUCUACGACGAUAUCACCGUUCUAGUCACUCGUUUCCUUGCAAUGCUUGACUUGGGAGCGUCGCUAUGUUUGGGUGCAACGAGCAAAAGUCAGUCUAAAAUAUCCAAGAUCAUUACUCAGACCACUCCAUUCAUUGGCGGUAAGACACAUGCUACAACAAUCUUCACAGCUGGCUCGUCGAAGAAUCAAAUCAAAGUGCAGAUGCAUCAACUUUCAUCACUUGUUCUCCAUCACGGCGCCAACUCAUCUAGCCUAGCUUCGGAGGCUGGCAUGUCGCUUCUGAAGGAUAUUUUACAAUCUCUUCAUUAUGUCUGGAAAACCCAACUCAUGGAAGACCAGAAGGAAGCCGCAGAAAAAUCUUCCACGUAUCGCUACAAGGGAUCAUAUGAGGAUAGUGAGGAAGUUGACGAGAUGGAACUCCGCGAGCUGUUUCCUGUCUAUGACGGCAACGAGCAGGAAGAUUCAGAUAAGAGUCGAAUGGACAUCCAAUCGAUUUCUCUCAAGUUGACCGAACUGCAUGCGGCCAUCUUUGCACCUGGAGAUAUUGAAGCAAAUUUGAGACAAUUCAUUGUUGAGUCCACGCGUCUGCUUGGAACAUUGAGCAGCGGAGAAGAGUCGUGUUCAGCGCCAAAGUCUUACCUUCCUGGUAUCCUGUUGGUACUCAAAGACGAAUUGAAAUCCUACGAGAAUGUUUCCCCGAGACAUUAUAACUUUUACCUGGAUGCGAACAUUGCAGAGGCCAAACGCCUUGUCACACUUGUGCUUUCUGUGCGAUCUCGAUUUGUCCAGUUGCAAGCAGCAUGGCCUGAUCAUGCAGCCAUUCAUGAUGUCUUGGUCUGUUGUCAAGAGAUUUUGCAGUUCAAACACUUGGAGCCUGUUGCCAAAUAUAUCACCAAGUUGGAGAAACUACAUGGUCUUGUUCAUGAGUGGCAAUUGGUGGCUAGCAAAGAAUACACUGCUGCCUCGUUAUAUGACGAAAUCACGGCUUUGACCAUUAGCUGGCGACGCCUUGAGCUGUCAACUUGGGCCAAAUUGCUCGAUUUGGAAUUUGAGAAGUGCGAGCAAGCCGUCAGCACCUGGUGGUUUGUGGCGUAUGAGGCAUUCAUCGCACUGCCGUUGCAAAAGACCGAAAAUGGUGAAGAUCUCAAGGACUAUACGACUGAAGCCCUUCACACCCUCGAAUCUUUCCUCAAAUCUACCACGAUUGGUCAGUUUAGUGCACGUCUCAGAUUGAUUGAGCAGUUUAGAUCAUUGUUACUGCUGUUCACGAAACAAAAUCCAGUCUUAGGGUGUAUUGUCUCGGCUCUGGAGAACUUCUUGUAUCAUUACAGACCGUACGAACCCGUCGUCAACAAGACGUUGGAAGAGAAGCGGAAAGCCCUUGACAAGGACGUCAAAGAGCAGAUUCAGCUUGCCAGUUGGAAAGAUACAAACAUCACGGCUUUGCGUGAGAGUGCUCGGCGCUCGCACUACAAGCUGUUCAAAUAUGUUCGAAAGUACAGGGAAUUCCUGGCUCAACCCACCGACCCGAUACUUCAACAAGGUAUGCCAGAAUUGCAAGGGCAAGUAGUGGAUACCCAACCAGCCAACCCACUUUCAAUCGCUCUCUGGGAUCCGUCUGAUGCUCUUGCGGUCUGUGAACAGUCCGAUCUUCUAUGGGCUACCCGAGCUCCUCGAUUCAAGGAUCCGUCAACUACUGCUGCGAACAUGUUGCGAGUCUACACAUCCUCAUUAUCUGAUUUGGACAUUCCCUCGCAAUUGAGCAGCUUCGUCACAGAUGUACUUGAGACAGUCAAGUCUUUCAAGUCCGAGACUCCAGGCACUUUGACUGAAGCAAAUAAGGAGGAUGUGCAGCACCUCAAGACUCAGAAACGUCGCUUUUAUGCCGAAACACUUCGUCAACUACACUUCAUGGGCAUAAGACGGAACGUGAGCACCGUGUUCAUUGAGGAGCAAGCCACAGUUAACCAAGUCCUUGCUACUACACCUAACAUCAUACUUGAGAAUGGGCCUGCUGCUUCAAUUACUCAAAGUGCAGACUCCUACUUCCACAGAUUCCUUGAUGUUCUCCCCAAUGUUAGGAAGUACUCGCGCGAAUACAAUGAGGACCUGAAUCCGACUGAAGUGACAAGAAGUAUCGGAUCUGCCGAGGGCUUUUUGGUGUUGAUCAGAAAGCAAAGAGAAAGCCUCGCGCCGACGAUCAAGCACCUAGUAGAUCUCAAACAUACGUCCACUGGUAUAAAGAUACUCUGGACUCAUGAACCUUCGCAUCUUAGACAAGACAAUCAGUCAGGCCUCACCGAACGAGAAACAGCUUUCAAACGUGUCUCUUGGCUAAUUCCUCUCCUUGGGGUUGGAAAGGAGAUUGUGGAAAUUCAUUCCUUGUACUCGGGUUCAGCCAGCGUUGCGGGCACUUUCGGACUUUGGAAAGAUGCACUUGCUUGCCUCAAAAAUGAAAUCGAGCAACUGCCACGUCUCCCUGAAGGUCUCACAUCCCAAGUCACGAUUGAUACAGGGCGUGAGGUCAUGCAGAGCUUUACGCGACUUAGCUCUGAGUUCACCGCACUAAUCGAAGACCGCCCAGAUCUGUCAUUUAUCCUUGAGCAAGUGAUAUCUUGGCUAGAGAUUCCUGUUCCUGUUGAUGCACCAUCCACAGUCUGUGAUUUGAUGAUCGACAGCUUGAAUGAUCAUUAUCUCUCUGCAGUUGACAAAAUUUUGGUUGCAUUGCAAGGAGUCAAGGGCUCUCUGGCCUCCCUGCCAUCUGACAUGGAGGACAAAGACUGGCUUUCUCGCACGGAUUCUUCGCUUUCAAGAGCUCUUAGGGAUCUACACAUUGAGGAAAUCACGACGUCUCUAAACUCUGUUCUUAAGAAGCUUCAGUCUCUGCAGAACGCUGGAUCGAGCCUGCCUAUCGCAAGUGCCAUUAUCGCAAGCUUGUUGCCGAUAACAGAGCAAUUUUACAAUAUUUGCGAAGACAUGAAUAGCCGUUAUCUCGAAGUUCAUCGGGAAGUGUGUAAGAUGUCCUAUGUUCUCUCAAAGUCAUUUACACAAAUUGCAUCAGAAGGCUUCUGCAGUCCUCGUGAAGCCUCCAAUACUGAGGAAAGCGGAUCGGGCAAGGUUGAGUCUGGAACGGGUCUAGGUGAAGGCGAAGGAGCCGAGGAUAUUAGCAAAGAUAUUCAGGACGAUGAAGAUCUAUCCGAGCUCGCGCAAGAAAAGAACCAGGAAAAGUCAAAGGAUGAUGUUGAAAACUCCGAAGACGCCGUGAACAUGGAUCAGGAAGACCUCGAAGGCGAGUUUGAUGAGGAACAGAAGGAAGAAGAAGGUGAAGACAAGGAAGACGGGUCAAACGAAGAAGAAGAGGACGAUGAAAUAGAUGAAGAGGUCGGCAGCGUCAACGAUCUUGACCCGAAUGCCGUUGAUGAAAAGCUAUGGGACGGUGCGCAUGAUGAACAACAGAAGGAGACGGAGAACGAAGAGGGCAAAGGACAGACCGAAAGUGAUGAACAAGCUGCAGCCAACGACAAGAAGGAGCAAGAUCUGAAGGACCAAGAAGAAAAGGGCGAGGAUGAGCCAAUGGAUGGAGAAGAAGGGGACGAAGGAGAAGAGGCUCCCGAAGAUGAGGAAGAGACGGGUGGUAGAGAAGAGCUCGAUGUCACUGAUCCGCACGCCAAGGAAGAGCAGACUCUUGACCUUCCAGAGGAGAUGCAGCUUGAUGGGGAUGGGCAAGAGGAGGAUGAUCAGGACAUGAGUGAUGAUGGAAUGGAUGAGUUAUCGGACUUUGAGCCUGCUACUGAAGAUAAGGUGGAGGAUAUGGCUGAAGAUGAUGCUGAGCGCAGCGCAACUCCGGACCCAGGUGAUAUUGAUAACAUGGAAGAGGAUGAUCAGAAUGAGGCUGAGUCGGGAGAGCAAGAAGACCAGCAAGAAGCCAAUAUUCCUGGCGAGGAAGAAAUUGCCGAGGAAGAAGCGGAGCAGAAAGACAACAAAAAUUUGGAGAAGGAUGAAAACACUGCAACUGGUGAGAACCCUGAACAAAGUGAUGAGAUUACCGGUGGUAUUGGUCUGGAUACAGACACCAAGGAAGAAAAGGGUUCGUCAGGCAAUGCUCAACAAGAAGGCGGCGCUGAAGAAGCUGGCUCAGAGGAACAACCAAACGGUGCUACAGAGGAGGAUGCAGACCGGAAAAAGGCCGACAGCAGCGCUGGAGGAACGGGAGAAGACUCUCAGGAUGAUCCACAAUCGGAAGCGUUCAAGAAAUUGGGCAAUGUUCUCGAAGAAUGGCACCGUAGGCAGCGCGAGAUAAUGAACUCAUCAAAGGACAAGGAGGAACAAACCCUGCCGCCGGAUACUGAUAUGGCUGAUGCAGAGUUUGAACAUUUGGCAGAUGAAGACGAUGCUGCAGAUACUCAGGCACUGGGCCAGGCUAGCGAGGAACAAGCAGAGGCAUUGGACCAACAAAAAGGUGUCGAGACUGAGAAGCCUACCGCUACAGAUGAUGUCCCGCCUGAGGUUAUGGACGGCGAAAAGAAUAAUCAGUCUGACGAGAACUUGCUAGACGACACAGCAAUGGAUCUUGAUAUAGCCGAAGCCAGUGCCACAGAAGGUGCUCAAACCGCCAAGCGCACUUUGGUCGGCGAGACGAACAAAGAACAAGAUGGUGAGCAGCCAACAGAAGAAGAACUAGAUGAGGUCGACACACAUCUAGCAGCAAUCCACCUUUCCUCGGCCAAUGCGCCCAAGACAUCCAUCGAUGAGGCACGAAAACUGUGGGCCCACUACGAAGCUGUCACGAACGAUCUGUCUCUCUCUCUUACAGAACAACUCCGCCUCAUCCUCGCUCCUACACUCGCCACAAAACUUCGUGGUGACUUCCGAACCGGCAAACGACUCAAUAUCAAGAAAAUCAUCCCGUACAUCGCCUCCCAGUACAAGCGCGACAAGAUCUGGAUGCGUCGCUCAAUCCCUAGCAAACGCAACUAUCAAAUCAUGCUUGCCGUCGACGAUAGCAAAUCCAUGCUCGAAAGCGGAAGUGGUCAGCUUGCAUUUGAGACGCUGGCCCUCGUGGCUCGAAGUUUGAGUAUGCUGGAAGCAGGAGAUUUGUGCAUCGUCGGUUUCGGAGACGAAGAACAUGUCCGCGUGGCGCACGAGUUUGGCAAGCCCUUCUCGUCAGAGGCAGGUACUCAGGUCUUCCAGCAAUUUAGCUACCAACAAACCGGCACAAACGUACGUAAACUUGUCGCCGACUCAAUCGCCCUCUUCCGUGAAGCGCGCGCAAGGAGAUCUAGUAGCGGUGGUAACUCCGCAGACCUCUGGCAACUCGAACUCAUCAUUUCAGACGGUAUCUGCGAAGACCACGAGACGAUCCGACGACUCGUACGCCAAGCGCAAGAAGAGCGGAUUAUGAUCGUAUUCAUUAUCGUCGACGCGACUUCAGGAAGCUCAAUUCUAGAUCUGACGCAAGCAAGCUUUGAGCCCGAUGAUUCUGCCAUGGGCACGGGGGAGAUGAAGCUCAAGAUGAAGAAGUAUUUGGAAGGAUUCCCGUUUGCUUAUUAUCUGGUUGUCAGAGAUGUGCGAGAGUUGCCGGCUGUUUUGGCGAUGGCGUUGAAGCAGUGGUUUGCAGAGGUUGUUGAUACAUCUUCGUGA